AUGGCCAGUGCAGAAUCCUCAUUGCUCACAACCCUAGGGCCCAACUCAGAUCCUGGCAACAGUGAGGUGGAACUGGACUGCUGGUUUGAUGAAGAGUUCAAGUUCAUUCUGCUGCCUGUGAGCUACGCAGUUGUCUUUGUGCUGGGUCUAAUCCUAAAUGCUCCAACCCUCUGGCUCUUCCUCUUUCACCUCCGACCCUGGGAUGCAACGACCACCUACAUGUUCCACUUGGCUUUGUCAGACACGUUGUAUGUGCUGUCACUGCCCACCCUCAUCUACUAUUAUGCAGCCCGAAACCACUGGCCCUUUGGCACUGAGCUCUGCAAGUUCAUCCGCUUCCUCUUCUACUGGAACCUCUACUGCAGUGUCCUUUUCCUCACCUGCAUCAGUGUGCACCGCUACCUUGGAAUCUGCCACCCACUGCGAGCAAUACGUUGGGGCCGCCCAAGACUCGCAGGCCUUCUCUGCCUGGCAGUUUGGUUGGUUGUAGCCAGUUGCCUUGUGCCCAACCUGUUCUUUGUCACAACCAGCUCCAGGGGGGAUACCAUCCUGUGCCAUGACACCACUCGGCCUGAGGAGUUUGACCACUAUGUUCACUUCAGCUCAGUAAUCAUGGGGCUGCUCUUUGGCAUACCCUGCGUGGUCACUCUUGUCUGCUAUGGGCUCAUGGCCCGGCGCCUGUAUCGACCUUUGCCAGGGUCUUCCCAGUCGUCUUCUCGUCUGCGUUCUCUCCGCACCAUUGCAGUGGUUCUGACUGUCUUUGCUGUAUGCUUCGUGCCUUUCCACAUCACCCGCACCAUUUAUUACAUGGCAAGGCUGUUGGAAGCUGAUUGCCAGGUGCUGAACAUUGUCAACGUGGUCUACAAAGUGACCCGGCCUCUGGCCAGUGCCAAUAGCUGCCUGGAUCCUGUGCUCUACUUGCUCACUGGGGACAAGUAUCGUAGGCAGCUCUGGAAGCUCUGCAGUGGUGGCACCCCCGAGCCUCCCAGGGCUGCCUCCUCCCUGGCACUGGUGUCCCUACCUGAGGGUAGCAGCUACAGGAGGACAACCACUCAGGAUAGUGGCUGCCCUACCCCUAGGGCAGAUAAAUUGUAG